AAACAGCGCCUCUACCGGUGCUUCCUGUAAGGUCUAAUACAACUUCCGGAACGUCAGGCAAUCACAACAUCAGCUGUUGUGGCCAAGAUGGCGAAUAGUCUGGCAGAGUUGGAGGUUCCCAUGGACGCCGACCAAGCUGGGGACCAAGGGAAAAGUGUUUUGAGGCGUUGCAGAGGACGACCCAGGCUCACAGACUCCGACCGAGCCCAGAGGCGUCUCGAAUCCCGAAAGAAGUACGAUGUGAGGAGGGUGUACCUGGGAGAGUCUCACAAGCUGUGGAGUGAGCUCCGCAGACGGACCAGUCUGAGUGAUGCUGGACUGGCAGAGUAUCUGAUCCUGCUCAACUCCACAUAUGGAGAAAAAUACCAGCAGAAAUACUGCGGGAAGAAGAUUGCCCCCGAAGUCACAGCUAAGCAGAAAAAAGGCAGGAAGGACCACGUGUCCAGCCUCCAGAGCCUGGUUUGUUGGUACCAGGAGCACUCCCACUCCUGCCCUCACGAGCCCCAGCUCAAGGCCCUGGAGCCCCAGCCCAACUUCUCCACUGCUGCUAUCUGGCAAUGUGACUCUAACCACUCAUUUGUGCAAUACCUUUUCUCACCACCGAGGGAGGCAAGUGACUCUGAACCUGAGGAGGGAGCGAACGGAGAGGAGAAUGCGGGAAAAACAGAGCUGCUGGCGGCUAAAGGUGCACUGAGCAGGAGGAAAAAAAAGGAGGUUCACAAACAAUUCAGAGAUGUGGGAGAAAAUGUGGAUGUUUCUGAGGUAGAACAUACCACCACGAGCCCGAUUACAGAGGCUGCCACUCUAAACCACCAGCCUGGCACAGAGGCUUCUUCCAGGGAUGUUUCACUGACGGUGCAGCCUGUUUGGGAGGUGGAGAUGGUCAUGGAGCGACAGCAAAGCUCCCCCGCUGCAGCAUUUCACUCCAUCCCCUCAGAAGAGGAAGCUGAGGAUCUGAGGCGAGGCGGAGACGGAGAGGAAGGAGGUGGAGAGAGACUCAGAGAAGAAGACGAAAUCAGGACUAUACCACCGAGUUACGACUGUGUUACCGUGACAGCAUCUUUAGCUGAUAAACUGGAGAAGACGGUUGAGGACUCAGUGCUGUCACAGAGCUUGAGUGGCUCUGUCCAACUGGCCACUCAGCCGCAGCUGUCAGUCCCACCACCCAUGCAGGUACAAGAGCAGAGUGAGCUGUUUGACCCUCAGACUCUGCAGACAGUGGUGACAAGCUGUGAGAUUCCUGACCAGAGGACGGCUUUGGAAGGCUCACAGUUGAUUAUCAUCACCGGCCCCAGCUACGACGCCCUGUCGUCAGACAGCAUCCAGCUCAACAUGGGCGGCGGAAACGUGGAGGAAGUCACGUGCACUGUCAUCGGGGGUGUCACCUACAACCAGGUGUGCGCGUGUGACUCGAAGAUCAGAACAGAAGAGGACGAAGACUCCAUGACAGGUUUGAGUGACAAACAGCUGCUGCAGCCCACUGUUGACGCUCUGGAGCUGAGUGGUGACAGAGAACUGCAGAGGAGUCUGAGCAGCGUCAGGUCAAAGAGAAACAGGCGAGGCCCAGUCAUUGAGGCUGACGGGAUGCUCAAGAUGUUCCACUGUCCAUACGAGGGCUGCAGUCAAGUCUAUGUAGCUAUUAGCAGCUUUCAGAAUCAUGUGAACCUAGUUCACAGGAAAGGGAGGACCAAGGUUUGUCCCCAUCCAGGCUGUGGAAAGAAGUUCUACCUGUCAAACCAUCUGCAUCGUCAUAUGAUCAUCCAUUCAGGGGUUAGAGAUUUCAUCUGUGAGACGUGUGGGAAAUCGUUCAAGCGCAAGAAUCACCUGGAGGUUCAUAGGCGGACCCACACAGGAGAAACACCACUUCAAUGUGAAAUCUGUGGCUACCAGUGUCGCCAGCGUGCAUCCCUGAACUGGCACAUGAAGAAGCACACUCCAGAGGCCCACUACAACUUCACCUGUGAGUUCUGUGACAAGAGGUUCGAGAAGCUGGACAGUGUAAAAUUCCACAAGCUAAAGAGCCACCCAGACAAGCAGGCAACCUGAGGCGCUCAAGCGCGGCUCAUAGGAGCUAAACAAGUAUACAGGCUGGCCCUCGGAAACCAAAGGAAGACGUCCAGUGAAGAGAAAGACUUUCCUUCGCUGUGGCUGUCUUGCUUCUCGUGUCUCUGAUGACAUGAACAUGGCGUUUGAACACACGAGCAGUGUGAUAAAGGCAAACGUGAGCCACUCUAACAGCUGUGCAGGACACAGCAGGAAGGAAAAUGCUGAUUAAUGAUGUCCAACUGAAGUUUGCUAAACUCCUUUCCUGAACAGUGAUCGUGCAGUCCUAGUUAAACAAACAUAACUAGGCUCGGCAGCUCUGUCAAGCUUUGGAUUUCUCUACAUGUCCAAGUGUUGUGAAUGACUGUAGAAAGAGUGAUGCUCCGUAUAUAAAAAGAUUUUGACUGGAGGUUUUUUGUUUUUUUUCUGCUUUUUGAAAACCAAAAUCACGAUCAAAAGUUUAAGGAAGUUAAUUAAACAGCUAUGAAAGUUAGCAUGACCAGCUACAUAGCUUACCACUACAAUACUACAACUACAAUAGUGACCUGUUGUUAUUUGGAAGGACAGCAGUAUUUCAUACUACAUUACUGUGGGUUUACAGCUUUCAUUCGCAACCAGCACAUCCACUGUGUGGUGAAAUGUCCCCACUGUUUGAGAGCGGGGGCAGUGUUAUAUGCGCUUCCCAGCUUUAACUGUUCUGAAAGCGCCUGUCAGUUUUAUAUAAGAUAUAAGCCGACUCAGAUCUCAGAACAAAUUCCACUCGGUGCUGUCUCACGUCACAUUCCCCCUGAAACACGGAGGAGCACUGCACUGCGAGCCUCUGACACCUGUGAGCAGUUGUGGAGCACACCACAGCACAGCAGCCGUCAAAAUGUUAGGAUGAUGCCAGGAUGUGGCAGGAUUCGGGAAAAUCUGGUUUGCUUUUCCCCAAUAGUCAAUGCUUUACAAAUACCAAGAGGUGAACUUGGGUGUCUCUGUGGUCCCACAGCCACAGGCGCCCACCUUCAUGCCUCUUCACUCUGUGUCACCCUGGAAAUUGUCCUGUUUGUUGUGUUAACAACUGCUGCAGCCCUCAAAAUAUAUACACAUCAGUACUCAUGAGGGAUUUGCAUUGAGCAUUUACGGUGAAUUGUGGGAGUGCUGUGGGUGGAGCAUGAGGGCUCCCAAAGUCCACACAUUGUAAAGGUGAUUGUGAAAUUGCAUGGAGGUGUGCAUGGGUACAGUUUGAUAAAUCUGAUGACGUUUUCAGCUUCUGUGCACACGUACGCUAGUAUUGAUCCUACUUACUGAUUUUUAAAUGAGGCCUGAUUUUCCUCAUCAUGCUUAACUGGGGGCUCCUAGCUGCAAUACAAGAACAAUGCUGUUUCCUUAUUAUUAAUAUGUCUUCCACAUGGAUCAUCAGCUGAUGAGGCUGCUGACUUUUUGCCUGGGACUUUAGCAGUUUUAGCCUCAGUUUUUUCAUGUAUGUAACCAUCCAGUUCAUACGACCCUUUCACAGUAUUGCUGUGUUGAAACAAGUCAGUUUGAAGCAUUAAGAAGUCGACGGGGGACAGUGUUUUCAGCAGCUUGCAGAGCUUACGCUGGCAAGCUGGAUUAGCUAGAUAGAGCUGAUAAUAUCUUCCAGAGACUGUUUUCAUGUCAGCCAGCAAAGUCAACGGUCACCGGGCUCGAACGAGAAGCCUGCUUCUUUCUACCUCUGUCUGAAAUCAACAAUCAGUUUCAAAAAAUUACAAAAUUUCGAGCAGUAAAUCGGUCACCACUGCCACGGUAAAGUGCGUAUGAACACAAGCAAUGCAGGGGGUGGGUGUGACUUUGUCGUUAGUCAAAGACUUGAAUGAUGAAAAUAUUUGUAGGCCUUUGAAACACUGGCAUGGCCCGUUAAAAGAUGAAAUUAGAUUUGAAUAUGAUUGCUCAGUCCAUUAAUACACCACCAAGAAAGAUUACUGAUGACAACCAGUGUGGUGGGUGAAGAUAAAACCUACCUACAGAAUGUGUGUUAAAUAUAUUUGAAAUGAAGGCUGUGAAAUCGACUGUUGUGUGCUGCACUACACUGCUUUGUAGUGACACAAAUGUAGAUUCUUUCAUUUCAGGUGUUAGAGUGUGAGCAUCUGUUGUGUGGGCCUGAUCUUACGUUUUCCUAUUAUCUGUUUUCACCAUCCCACUGUCCUGACUCACAGGCGCCAAUGAGAAAUCCUGCGAGUUUACUGCGACAGUUUCUCAGGAAGGUUCACCUCAGUCCUUUUUGCGUCCUUUUCUUGUCUUCUGUCUGUAUUUUCGUCUUGAAGUAAAUGCACUUUUUCUCUCUUCUGUCAGUUUUGUUAACUGAUGAAUCACUAAAAUAUAUGGAUCGGACUCAUAUUUGUAUUUUACCCUCCUGUUUCUGAAAUACAUUUGUGUGACGCAAAUGGUUUAUAAGAUGCAGUGUGUUCUUGCCUCUUGCAUAAUGCACUCUAUAGGGUGUGUGUGUGUGUGUGUGUGUGUGUGUGCGCACAUGUAAAGGAAGAAAAGACACAAAAUGUGUAGUGACACUUUGUUAUAAAAUGAAUUUGUAGUCCAUUGUAAGAGACAGAGUUUAGAAAACCACCAACCGAUUACUUUCAAAGUCUGACUGGUUCAUAGUCAGUGAACAGGUCAGGAAUAUAAUGGGCAGCCAAAUAGGACUCUGCCUCACUUUGAACGAGCUGGAGCCUUUCUUCUAUUUGUUAGGGUAAUGAUCACAGCUCGUAUUCUACUCUGCUGUAGCUUGAGCAAACCAGCACACCUCCAACACGUCAUC